AUGUUCGCUCAAUCUUUACGAACCCUACAACACAGUCUAGACCCCGAGUUUCAAACAGAUAAAUUUAUACAACUCAAAAUGAUUGCUGCAUGUAAAAAUGUAUCUGCUUGCAAACAUGCAUGCCUCACCCCACCCCUAACUUUUUCCGGAUUUCUCAAUUGUCUACAAUCAUCUAUCACAUUGUAUGACAAAAUUCAUCCUAAAUCCUCAACAGGUGUCUUCUAUACAGACCAUCAAUUCCACAGGAAUGCUCCUCAAGGAAUCACGCCUCGUGAAAACUCACGGGGUUGCAGCAACACCAGAUACCACAACAGCAAUUGCUACCCUUCUAAAUCCAAAUAUCCCUCCAGACACCGAUCACCAAGCUCCUCCAAAUCAUGCAUUGUCUGCAACAAAGAAGGCUGUUGGUCCAACAAACACUCAAAAGCUGAGCGUGAAGAAGCCUUUCAGCACCUUCAAAACCAAAAGAAUGAGUAUAACAAAAGAUACACCCAAUUUUUUGCCAAAUGUGGUCAGCCAGAAUUAGCCAUCCCCGAAUCAAUUCAUUUAAGCCAACUUAUGUCCGACCUCAACCUCCCUGACUCCGAGGAUUUCAACGAAGUUUAUUUUACUAGGUUUGGGCCUAUCAAUGGAAAGAAAUACCUCACGGAACUCAACAAUGAAGCCUCCCUCUACGCCUUAACCAGUUCUACUAGCAACUUCAAAACCAGAAAUCCCAUAUUCCGCUACAGUGAUUGUGAAUUUUUCGGCAUCAUGAUUGAUACCGGUGCUGCCAAGAAAUCCACUGUUGGACACAGCCAAUUCUUAGCCUUUCAGAAGAUCACCAACAUUCAACUUGACACUACAACUGCCGGAGCUGCGAAAAUCCAAUUUGGCAUAGGGAACACAACUUCAAUUGGCUCCAUGGUUAUUGACGCUCCCUUUGGCUCGGUUGAAUUCCACUUUCUUAAUGCUGACAGACCCCUUCUACUCAGCAUUGCUGACAUGGACCUUCAUGGCGUCUAUUUGGAUAAUAUCAACAACGUACUUGUCUCCUCAACUCGUAGAUUCCCUGUGACUCGUCGAUUUGGACACCUGUUUCUCCUCUGGAAAACACGCCUACCUUCAACAACUUACAAACUCGGCCAAAAUUGCUUCCUUACAUAUACUGAGCUCCGCCGACUCCAUCGCUGCCUUCGGCAUCCAGCUGCCCAUCGCCUCCAACAACUGCUAGAGCGAUCUGGUCACAAUGAUGUUUACUAUGAAAAAAUCCGAAAAUUAACUUGCUUCUGCAAACAGUGUCAAAAGUUUGGAAAAUCUCCCGGCUGA